AUGUAUUUAAACAUUAAAUAUAACUCUUGCAAUAAUAACCUUCAAUUAGAAGUUUUCUUUUGUAAAGGAAAAAUUUAUAAAACUUGCACUGUAUGUUUUAUUUCUAGAGAAGAAAAAAGAAUUGCAAAAAAAAAUAUAAAUAAUAACACUAUCAUGACUACUACUAUAGAAUCGAUUGCACUACAAACUCUUAGUAACUAUAUAGCUGAAUUAAUUUCUAAUGCUAAAAAUAAUAAUGAAAUUUCAGUUGAGAUAUAUUUGGAUCUUAAUAAUAAUAUUUUUUCAAUAUUAACAUUUGAUGAUCUUAAAUCGAUAAUAAGAAUAAUUAUUAACAAAAUUGAAAAAGAUGAUGAUUAUGCCUAG